AUGGCGGCCUUGGAGGCUAGCCAUGUAGCAGCAUCUUCCGUAGCAGAAAGAGCGGCCAGCGGCAGCGAGCAUCAAGUGCCCGAGGUGGAAGUGCUUUCGUCAGCCGUGCGCGACGCGCUCACGCGCCACCAGGGGGAGGCCGAGGCCGCCUUUGACGGCCUCCACUCCAGCCAGAAGCGCCUGACCGCCAGCCUGCGCGCACUGCUCAACGCCCUCGACGGAAUCAUAGCGCUCUCCGCGCCGCGCGCCGACGCGGCCGCGGUCGAGCAGCUGCGCGCGGCGGCCGGGCGCGCGCGGGCGCUGCAGGCGCGGCUGCGGGGCGUCGCGGCGCGGCUGGACCGCGCCGAGGCGGCGCUGCAGGCGCACCUUCAGCGGGGGACGGCACACGGCGCGUGA